CCCCCCCCCCGCAGUCUUCGAGUUAACUGCGUCUCUUUGCCGAUUACCUAGAUGAUGAACAAGUCAGAUGAGGAAACUUCGUCCGAGAUUCAAGGCCCAUUCAUACCACUUGUUGUUAUAUUGAUUAUACAAUCCUUGGGAACCAUAAUUGGAAAUCUACUGGUCUGUAUUGCUAUUUAUAUUCGACCUAAUUUGCAUAACGUCACCUACUACUCCAUCUUCAGUUUGGCUGUAGCGGACUUAAUGGCGGGUAUUAUUGCUAUGCCAUCGUAUAUUUCUAAGAAGUUCGUUUAUCAUGGRACUUUUGCUACGUUUAUUUGUGAUUCAUUCCGGUUCUCGUACUUCAUCUCUGGCUACGCAUCCAUUUUAAGUCUGUGUGUGAUCAGUAUCGACCGAUUGAUUGCUGUCAAGAAUCCGCUGGCCUACGUCAAUAUAGUGACUCGCAGGCGCGUGGUACUGGCAUUAGUUUUAAUAUGGAUUGAUUGUACUGUGGUAUCAUUAUUGCCUUUCAUACCCCUCCCAGGGAAGCAAACCCAAGAGUGCACCUAUAACCCUACCCGUUSGUGGAGUAUCAUGGUGAUAGUUAGUAAUGUAUUGAUACCGUUCUUAUUCAUCAUGAUCUGUUACGUGUACAUAUACCUCAUCGCAAGAACUCAUUUACAACGAAUAAAAAGUGAGCGGAGAUCAUUACGAGGAUCUCUUGUUACUAACGAUAAAAGAAAGGUUCGCAAAGAACGCAAAGAACGUAAAGCUAACGUCACAAUCAUGAUUGUUAUUGGUUUGUUUAUCGUGUGUUGGUUUCCUUCUUCUUUUUAUUACUUUCUACAAAUGGUAUGUCCCCAAUGCUUCCCGGAAUCCUUUUCGUCUAAAAGAGAUGUCAUGAAUGCAUUGGUUAAAGUCCUGACCUUCACCUCGUCGCUAAGCAACCCUGUAAUAUACUGCUGGCGUAGUGUGGAUUUUCGGCGCGCAUUCAUCAAGAUWUUGACCAGGAAAUCGUCUAAUCUGGCAUCGUCAUUUCGAUCCAGGUCAAGUAGCUCGUCCAGUCAGAACAAACUAAAAACUGUAAAUAACGAAUAUAGUAAUGGCAAAACACGUGAUUCCCAAGUGUGAACAUUUAUAGAACAGUAUCGAGGAUAUACGGCAGCUAAUUAUAGCUUCGUAUAAAUAAGAAAUGCCAAAUCGACGUCAUUGAUUGAGAUAUCAAGACUCGUAAUGAGUUGAUGUGGCAAAGUAUCGGAAGAUUCUCUUACAUUUUUAUUGGCGCGUAGUGAGAAAGAAAAGGAAGACCAAUCUCGUCCCCAGGACUUUAUACUUUAUUCAGGCCUAACAAUAGACAAAGGAUAAUGGUCUGAGUGCGAGGUUGUAGAGACUGCAUCAGUGACUAGAGAUAAAUUGAGACAACAACAACAACAACAAAACGUAAUAUAAUAAUAAAUAACCAAAAACAAAAUAAAUUUGAGCAGGAACUCAUUGCCUAUUACUAUGGGCUCCUGACUUGAAGGAUCAGCACGAAUCCUAUGCCCCAAAUUAAUCCGCAAGCGCAAUUUUAUUUUUAAUAUUUUUUUUUUAUUAUCAAAGAAUAAGACAUGACAUUAGUAUGUAUAUUAUAAUAAGAUGCUAUUACCAAUAAACUGAAAAUCAAUCUUGUA